AUGUGGCUAGAGCAUGUGCGGAACAUGCAGUUGGAUCCCUUGUGGGCUCGACUGUGUCAUAUCUCCGGUGAUGGCAAGCAGAGUCAGGCUGUGGAGCCUGUUGGGCAGCACCCGGCUCGCGUAGUUCGUCUCUGGGCAGACAAGAGAGAAGCCUGGGCCGGAAGGUUUGAUGCUCAGCUCGUGAGCAUCACCAAGCAGGCUCUCACCACGGCGGGGCAGCUGCUGGCGACUGCGCGGAGCUUACCUACUGAUGCAGUACGCACGAGUGGCUUCCUUCGAUCGGCCCUGGUUCGGACGGACAGAGCGGAAAACCUACCGGAUAUCCGCACAAAUACUGGCCUAGCCUGCCUUGAACCUUCAUUUUGCACAGAGCUUCGCGAGCAAACGCUGCUGGGCUUGACUGCUCUGAAAAAUUUGCGGACAAGCGCAGAUCAGCAGUUGCGCAAGCUCAAUCGAGCCCUCCAGCUCUUGGCCGUCGCCUCAACACAGACGGAGCACGAUGGCACGGGUGCUCCAGAAGGAGGUGCUCAUAGCUUUCCAGAGGUGAGUGUGACGGACAAGCUUUCUCAAACAGCUUUGGGCCUGAUUCUCACCAUGGUGAUGCCUGUGCCCGGCACAGUGGAGCUGGGCGUGGUCUCCAUCGGCGCAUUGUGGCUGCAGGGUGAUUCUGCCGGGAAGCACCUGGUUGUCGAGCAUUCCCCCGGCCCGGACUUCGACCCAUUUGGCCGCUUUCAACAGCAAGCAAGACCAAGCGCACUGAAACUCCUUGCCAACUGGACGCAGGAUGUGCUGGAUGCAACAAGCGCCCAGACAAGCGAUCCUCCACCAAGCUCCAGCGAAGGAAUGCCCGCAUCUGCAUCAAGCUCGCAGCUGCAGCCAGGGACGGUCUUGGUGCACAAUGCCGCAUCGAGAAUGAUCACAGUGAGAGUCCUCGAUCAAGGUCGAAACAUUGCCGUGUGGGCGUACGAGAAGGUGCAGGAGGCACAUCCGAUGGUCCGGCUGGUGUCACAAGCUGUUGUUCGUGGCUUCGGAGCUGUCGCUGGCAACACCUGGCAGGCGGAUUCCGUCGAAGUGGCCGUGGCUGUUCCUCCUGCAGAUGUGGCGAUUGUGCCACUGCCAAGCAUGGAGGACUCUUCCUUUGAGUUGGAGUUCACCUACGGGUUUGGCGGUGAAAGACCACUCGGACGGGUUCCAGCAAGAGCCGGCAUGGCAGUCAGUUUCGUUUGCCUGGACGAUGAGAUCCACAUCGACAACAUUGACCAGGUGGAGCCUACCGCCGCGACUGGCAAACAUUCAGAUGAGCAGGCAUCGGUCGAACCGCAUCAAGAGGAUGCAGAGGAAGGGGCCUGCCCCGAGCCUCCACCACAGCAGCAAGCAAGCUCUGAUGAUGCUGGUGCUGUUGCUGCGGCAGACGGCGAUGAUGCAAAGGAUGCUCCGCCGGCAGCCGGGGAAGGAACCCCAGAAGAGAUUGCUGCUCCCAAUGUGGCGGCACCUGUCGCCGCUCCGUCCCGGGUGCGCGUGUCCAUGGUCCGUGCGUCCAACAAGGAUGCGGUCGAGGUCACCCUGCGCUUUUUCCACCUGGGAGCUGGAGUUGGUGGAAGUGCUACGCAUCAUUUUGGGCGCUUCUUUCGGAAGCCGGUCGUAGUAGCCACAGUCGGCCCGGGAGAGAUGCGCACCAUUCGGCUCGAGGUGAGGCACGAGACACAUGGGCCGGAUGGGCAGCUUCGUGACAGGAGCCAAGGAGAGUUGGCUAGCCUUUACCUCGCGGCUUCGGCAGGGAUUUUCAUCAUGCUCUUGGCCCUGUUGUUGAGCUCGGGGCUGAGACAGCUGGAGAGACUUUCCACUGCUGGACAGCUGGCGCCCAAAAACUGCGGAGCCAGCUGGAGCGGUGGCACGGGUGAGACGUCGGCCGUCUUCUUCGUUGUGCCAUGUACGGGUCUCAGUGAGCCCUUCCAUGAAUCAGUCAGGGCCAACUUCUUUAUGGAGUCAGCUGUCACCGACGGGCAGCUGGCCAAGUCUCUCGCAGGGUCGAAGCUUCUGAGCUGCUGCAUCGCGAUGCAAGCGAAGCUUGCUUGCAGAAAUCGUUUGGUUUUUCAGAUUUCUGUGGGCAGAGAGGCGGUUUCUCGCAGCUCUGUGCAGAAGGCUGUGUGCGUGCUGUUGCGAUGCCCGUUCUUCGGCCUCGCGCAGCAGCGUCUCAGUCCCGUGACACAGGUCUUUUUCGAACAGCGCGAUUUCAGAUGCACUGACCUCCUGCGCGAUUUCGACACUCAGCUGGAUGCUGUGUCCUUUGAAAAGCUUCCAGACACGGAGUUGUAUUUCGGAGUUCAUCACGCGCAGCUCUUCCGCGGCCUGCGGCACAAGCUGCUCAGCGUGCUGAAGGCGAUCCUCUUGGAAGCAAAGGUUCUCGUCUUUCCCUACUUGGGCCUGCACAUGCUGGACAGCUUGCUCCAGAUGCGCGGGUUUCUCAUCGGGACCACGAACCGAAUCUUCGUCGACCGCACGGCGCCGGACCUGAUUCUGGAGGUGCCCAGCACUGCGGCAAGUACCGAGUACAGCGUGGAUUUCCUGUGCAAAGAGGUGAAGGAGUUGACGAGGCAAGCAAAGCAGCGCAUCAUCAGCUACAGUCGCAUGCUGUGCAUUGACGGUGCAUAUGUCACGCUCAUGUUUCUGAGGACCAAACCCGUCUUGCUUUGGAUUCCCCGCACAGAAGUGCACAGGACCAUGACUUUAUCUUUUUCCAAUUUCAACGGUCAUUGCAAAGUCAUGGGCGGUGAGGUUGUACUCGUAUUCAAGGAUGGAGAGGAGCAGACUGGUGAGCAGAUCUUGAUGAACGCCUUGAUCGAGAAGCUUGUGCGUAGCAAGGGUAGCCAUGAUGCUGUCAUACUUUGCCUCAUGAACUGUUGCCGUGUAAUAUCCCAGGAAAGUGCUGACAAGCUUGUGAAGCCAAACAGCAGAUCAACCUUGGGCAGAGCGUUAGUCACUAUUUGGGCGUCAGCCUUUGGAUAUCCGGCCGAAGAGGUUCAUAAUCCAGCUGGCUGCAGCACAUUCAUGCGAACGUUUGCUGGGUGCAUCGGUCAUGAUUUAACAUUGUCUGAGAUGUAUAGCAGGAUUGAAACGGCAGUGAUUUCGCACGCCCUGAUUUCGCUCCGACCACUACCUCAACAGCCAUGCUGGUCUGCACAGAAGCUUCCCCAACGAUCCGAUUUCUUCGUCGCUGCAUACCCCUCCGGCAGGCAGCUCGCUUCGACAUACGGCCGUCAACUUGCGGAAGGUGAUAUGGCUGAUAUGACCUGCACGGAUAGUGUGAGUGUCCGCGGCCUUGAACUCGGAUUCUCGGAUCCUUGUGAGCCAGCAAGCUCCAUCCAGGUAAUGGACUUUGCAGACCAUGACAGACGUGAGGUUAUUGUCGAAGACCAAGAAGCAGUAAAGCGGUUCUGGGUGCCCGUUGUAUUUGUUGCAGCAUCCACCUUGCAUAGCAUUUUGGUGCUUGCCUGGUGGAUGAGGUUAGUCAAGCUACAGCGCAGCAGCCGUGACUCCUUCAGCCUUAUGAUGGCGUCAUUCAUGUGGGCAUGCUUCAGCUACAGUCCGCAGGCAGCAUACACAGGAGUGGAGCAGUUCGCCUCAAAGUUCUUUCCCCUCUGCUUCGCCGCACAGGCUUGGGGGCAAGGUUUCAUCUACAGUGAUGGGGUCGAGCUGGCGACAGGCUCCAUAUCUUCCGCUGCCACCAUGGCCAUUCUGGUUGGUUAUGUUGUGCUUCUGAUGGACUAUGGACCUACCGUUUUAGAGGAGUGGCGAGCUCGUGCUUCUUUCAAGACGUCACGGAGGGCCUUCAACACAUGGAGGGGUCUUUUCUUGGUAGUUUGCGGUUUGAGAUUUUAUGCCUGCCAAGCCGAAUGCGGAACCGCCGAGCAGCAGGGAGAGAGAAUGCAUCACCUAUGUCUCAUUGCAUUUAUCUUGGGGCUCGUCUACACACUGGUCUUUGAUUGUGAUCCCACCUUUGUGUCACGGGGACGGGCCUUGCCAGUGGCUGGCUUUGCUCUUGCUUUCUCCAUGACUGCGUUGCUGGCUGGCUGGUGCAGUGCAUUCAAAGAAGGCCAUUGGGUCAUGCCCUAUGCCCGGGGCGUCAUGCUUUUCGUCCUCUACAUGUCCAUCCGCUCAACUGGUCUGAUCUUCCAUUGGAAUUGGAAGUUUGGCGCAGAUCCCGGUGGCAUGCAACCGCCCAGUGCCAAGAUGGCGGAGCAACCGCCGACGCAGGAGGAUGCACAGGAGGAUGAUGAAGAGCUGGUGGCGGACCAGCACGUCCUGUCAUCCGACAAUGAGCUGGUUCAAGACGCAGAGGUGCGGGGGCGUUCAGACGGUUGGCUGCAGCAGUGUUGGGGGGCAGACAUCAGGCGCAGACUGCGACUGCCACGUUUGCUGGUGCAGGCCGUGGCCAGUGCGGCUGUGCUCAACUCGCAAAAGGAGCAGCUGCGACAGGAGGCGGCCUGGGCAGUGACCCAAGCCUCGGCUGCGGUUGUGGAUGCGGAUCGAAACGCAUUCACCGGAUACUGGAUUCGCCUGUUGGCAGCCACUGCGAAGAUCGCAGGGCCCGAGCGAGAUCUUACGGCGGGAUUGGAGGUAGCCUCGAAGCAGCAGAAGACCGAGUUGAGUCGAUUCGGCCUUCCUUUUUUACAAAGAUGGGUCUCGCGGACCCACGGAGGACAGACGUGGUUGCAGGCACACAAGUUGCCUGUGCCGGAGCGUCGGCCAAAGCCGCCGCGCGAAGGCCACGGUAUGUACAAAUUUGCAAAUGGCGAUGAGUACCACGGUCAGUUUCGCCGUGGUAUGCGGGAAGGUGCUGGUGUGUACACCAGCAAAAGGAGUCAUAUGCAAUAUGACGGCCAAUGGUUGCGGGAUCGUCGUCACGGCACUGGAACGCUGACGAUUGAGAGUGCUGGUAAGGUUCUGUACACCUACGAUGGACAGUGGGUUGCAGACAAACGGCACGGUUCGGGAAGCUGUGUCCGCAACCAUAAGGAGAAGUAUUCCGGCCAGUGGUCGCAGAACUUCUACCAUGGAGCUGGAACCUUUGUGGAUGAGAAGGGCACGCUGUACGAAGGAGAGUGGCGACAUGGCAAGUUCCACGGCGUGGGAAAGCACAUUUGCCGGGGUGAGACCUACACCGGCGUGCUGGACAGCGCCAUGGACAAGGUCUUGGACGGCUCUCUACGCCCGGCGGCCUGGUCCGUGUGCACAGGGCCAUGGAACAUUGCGCCAGAGGGCCAUGGCAUCAUGAAGGAGCCCGAUGGGCGCCUCUAUGAAGGCCGCUUUGAGCGUGGAGCCCCCCACGGCCGUGGAUAUGCCCUUAGCCUGGGCUCCAAGUACGAAGGCCGGGCGGACGGUCGUUCGUGGGGCCGUGCGGAAGAAGGAUGCCGGGAGUUGUUGGAUUUCGGGCGCUUUACGGUUGCGAAGGCGGAGUGCCUGGCCACGCAAAUUUGUCGCGGGGAAGCCAUAUCAGUCUCAGAGAAGCUGCAUCAUUGCUUGCUUCUGAUGCGCUGCUAA